CCACGCGCCAGAGAACGGAGGAAGAGCGGCGCUUCAACAUGGCGGACCUCGAAGACGUUACGCUGGACGGGAGACCGCUUCAUUCCCUCCGAGUGGCGGAUUUGAAAGCAGCCCUGGAGGAGAGAGGGCUGUCUAAGAGCGGACAGAAGAAUGCCCUUAUCAAGCGGCUCAAAGGGGCUCUCAUGCUGGAGAACCUGCAGAGAACCUCGACCCAUCAUGUUGGUCUUCAGCCAAACUCGCAGAUUGGGGAGGAGAUGAGUCAAAACAGCUUCAUUAAACAGUACCUUGCAAAGCAACAGGAACUUCUGAGGCAGCGCCUGGAGAGAGAGGCACGCGAGGCAAUUGAAACCGAUGGUGAUGAUCAGGAAGACCAUACCGGGGCAAAUGAUAACACAUCUUCUGCACCAGAUGAGGAUUCUGCCCCUGCAUUAGUUGACCAGAAUAAACCUGUUGCCCCAGUUGGUGAGGGACGUGGUGUCACAGUAAGGGACGGCAAUGCACAUCCAUCACCCUCAACACUUGGCCCACCAGGGUCUGUCAAGGUCAUGGGUGAGAGGCAUCCAGCUUCAAGUCAUGUACCUGUUGAUAGUGAUGAGGAUAGCGAGGCUGGAGAAGAUGACAAUGAUGAGGAAGAAGAAUGGAGUGUGAGUGCCCAACAGAGUAACAGAGCAGAGCUGCCAAGAAGGCAACCAACAAGAGAUAAGUCUGGGGGUUCUCGGCUGCAGCAGCCCCCACCACACAUUCCCUUGCAGCUCAGGCAGCCGACUCCUCCUCCCUCACCUCCACCUGAGCUUUCCUUCCCUCUGCCAGACACCCCUAAACAGAGUCCUCCAAGUCCAGAUGAAAUGUCUUCUAGACAGCACACGUCUAGCACAUCAGGCUCUGGAAGCUCUAGUAGCGGUAGUCGUAGCAGCAGCCCUGAACCAGCAAGCGAUUUUACUGAACGCAGGCCACGUCCACUCACCCUGCUGGCACAGAAAAUGGAGUCAGAGGGGGCUUUCUCUGGAGUAGGACGACGUAGUUGUGAGGAGGAAGAAGACAGUACUGACGUUCCCUCCACAUUUCCAGAUGGAGGCCACCCAGAAGAUUUAUCUGCCUUUACACACAUAGCUAAUGCAUCCUAUCCUGGCUCAAUGAUGUCCAAACAAGGAGUCGCCUUUUCUCAGAGCCAGGAUUCUGUAGAGGAAAGAGACAGAAUUGUGCAACAGGAAAGGGAAGAAAAGCAGCGAGCUUUGGAGAGACAGAGACUAGAGAGGGAACAGGCCUUGGAGAGGGAGAGGCAGGAGAAGGAACGCCUGGAGAAGGAGAAACUGGAAAAAGACCGAGCUUUGGAAAGGGAGAGGCUGGCAAAGGAAAGACGGGAGCGAGAAGAAGCUUUGGAGAGGGAGAGGCUGGAGAAGGAAAGGAAGGAGCGAGAAGAAGCUUUGGAGCGGGAGAGGCUGGAGAAGGAAAGGAAGGAGCGAGAAGAAGCUUUGGAGAGGGAGAGGCUGGAGAAGGAAAGGAAAGAGCGAGAAGAAGCUUUGGAGAGGGAGAGGCUGGAGAAGGAAAGGAAGGAGCGAGAAGAAGCUUUGGAGAGGGAGAGGCUGGAGAAGGAAAGGAAGGAGCGAGAAGCAGCUUUGGAGAGGGAGAGGCUGGAGAAGGAAAGGAAGGAGCGAGAAGCAGCUUUGGAGAGGGAGAGGCUGGAGAAGGAAAGGAAGGAGCGAGAAGCAGCUUUGGAGAGGGAGAGGCUGGAGAAGGAAAGGAAGGAGCGAGAAGCAGCUUUGGAGAGGGAGAGGCUGGAGAAGGAAAGGAAGGAGCGAGAAGAAGCUUUGGAGAGGGAGAGGCUGGAGAAGGAAAGGAAGGAGCGAGAAGAAGCUUUGGAGAGGGAGAGGCUGGAGAAGGAAAGGAAGGAGCGAGAAGAAGCUUUAGAGAGGGAGAGGCUGGAGAAGGAAAGGAAAGAGCGAGAAGAAGCUUUGGAGAGGGAGAGGCUGGAGAAGGAAAGGAAGGAGCGAGAGGAAGCAUUGGAGAGGGAGAGGCUGGAGAAGGAAAGGAAGGAGCGAGAGGAAGCUUUGGAGAAGGAGAGGCUGGAGAAGGAAAGGAAGGAGCGAGAAGAAGCUUUGGAGAGGGAGAGGCUGGAGAAGGAAAGGAAAGAGCGAGAAGAAGCUUUGGAGAGGGAGAGGCUGGAGAAGGAAAGGAAAGAGCGAGAAGAAGCUUUGGAGAAGGAAAGGAAGGAGCGAGAAGAAGCUUUGGAGAGGGAGAGACUGGAGAAGGAAAGAAAGGAGCGUGAAGAAGCUUUGGAGAGGGAGAAACUGGAGAAGGAAAGAAAGGAGCGUGAAGAAGCUUUGGAGAAGGAGAGACUGGAGAAGGAAAGGAAGGAUCGCGAAGAAGCUUUGGAGAGGGAGAGACUGGAGAAGGAAAGGAAGGAGCGCCAAGAAGCUUUGGAGAGGGAGAGACUGGAGAAGGAAAGGAAGGAGCGCCAAGAAGCUUUGGAGAAGGAAAGGAAGGAGCGAGAAGAAGCUUUGGAGAGGGAGAGGCUGGAGAAGGAAAGGAAGGAGCGAGAAGAAGCUUUGGAGAGGGAGAGGCUGGAGAAGGAAAGGAAGGAGCGAGAGGAAGCAUUGGAGAGGGAGAGGCUGGAGAAGGAAAGGAAAGAGCGAGAAGAAGCUUUGGAGAGGGAGAGGCUAGAGAAGGAAAGGAAAGAGCGAGAAGAAGCUUUGGAGAGGGAGAGGCUGGAGAAGGAAAGGAAAGAGCGAGAAGAUGCUUUGGAGAGGGAGAGGCUGGAGAAGGAAAGGAAAGAGCGAGAAGAAGCUUUGGAGAGGGAGAGGCUGGAGAAGGAAAGGAAAGAGCGAGAAGAAGCUUUGGAGAAGGAGAGGCUGGAGAAGGAAAGGAAGGAGCGAGAAGAAGUUUUGGAGAGGGAGAGGCUGGAGAAGGAAAGGAAGGAGCGAGAAGAAGCUUUGGAGAGGGAGAGGCUGGAGAAGGAAAGGAAGGAGCGAGAAGAAGCUUUGGAGAGGGAGAGGCUGGAGAAGGAAAGGAAAGAGCGAGAAGAAGCUUUGGAGAGGGAGAGACUGGAGAAGGAAAGGAAGGAGCGCGAAGAAGCUUUAGAGAGGCUGGAGAAGGAAAGAAAGGAGAGAGGAGAAACUUUGGAAAGGGAGAGGCUGGAGAAGGAAAGGAAGAAGCGAGAGGAAGCUUUGGAGAGGGAGAGGCUGGAGAAGGAAAAGGAGCGAGAAGAAGCUUUGGAGAGGGAGAGGCUGGAGAAGGAAAGAAAGGAGCAAAAAGAAGCUUUGGAGAGGGAGAGGCUGGUGAAAGAAAGACAAGAGAGAGAACAAGCUUUGGAAAGGGAGGGGUUAUCGAAGAAGGAGCAAGACAAGGAAUCUGCUGCUUGGUCAGACAAGCAGGAGAGCUUGAAGACCAUGCCGAGUCACGGGAAAACGAUGGUUGAGAAAGAAAGUGACAGCUGUGUUCCAUCCUUGAAGCAUGAUGGAGGAGAAAUGGAAGGUGAAGAGACCCAAACUGCAGUCACACAUCAGUCUGUGGAGCCUCAUUCACCAGCUAUUAAAACUCCAUUUCCGCAGUCUCCUUCCAAGAAGUUUCGUCUUCUCAGAGAUACUGUGAAAGAUGCUUCGUCACCACUAAAAAUGCCUCAUCCUCUCUCUGACGGUUCAGUGCCACAGUCUACAUCUCUCGUCCAUUCUCCAAGCAAACCAAAAGAAUUAGUUCAAAAUGAAGAGCAUCUAUUUCAGACAUCACAAUUAUCAAGGCAAGAUGUUUUUGUCUCUGCAUCUUGUCGGAAAGACAAGAAAACAUCAGAGAUUGAUAUACCAGUGCGAGGAAAGUCAUUAGAAGAUAAAUACAUAAAUGCAGGACCUGAAACCACCCUGAUACCAUCCCCUUGCAAGGCAGGCUGUGAAGGUUCACAGAAUGAAUCAAGCCAGAGGUCUGAGCGGGAGCUGUCCAAAGAAACAAGUACUGUAAAGAACUCUUCAUGCCCUCAUUCCUCACCAGGGCAGCAAGAGAGGGAAAGGAAGAAGGAGAAGAGAGGAAGACGGCGCUCGUCCACCAGUGACUCCUCUUCUGACUCCGACUCAGCAUCUUCAUCUUCAUCACGUUCCUCUGGUUGUUCAUCUUCCUCACAGGAUAAAACAUGCUCCCCAUCAGGUGGUCUGAGGUCAGAAAAGACCAAGAGAGGUUCUUUGAAUCAGGAGAAAGAAAAUGUUGAUCAGAGUGCGAGUGUCACCAACAAACCUGUUGCAUCACAAAACAGAAAAUAUGGCUCCACGCAGGGAAAAGAAGCAAACAGUCAGGAUAUCAUUCCAAGCAAGAAGCCUCGCCUCAAGGUGCUAGAUGAAAAGAAGCAGCUAAGUGAGAGAAAAGAAGACUCUGAAGAGGAGGAUGCUGCUAAAACAGAUGCUGAAAGCAGUAGUGUUGUGAAAGAGGCAGUGAUGGCAGAGCCUGAGAAGGUUCCCGAGUGCACUGAGGAGAGCACCACCCCAAAGGCUUUUUCUGCCCGUAGGAUCUCUUUGAGCAGCAGUAAGCCAUCACCUGGCGCCGGGAGCUCCGAGGGGGAGACAGAGACUGUUACUGGAACUGUCACAGUAGUAGGCAGGAAAAGGAGAUGGGGCUCGAGCACUACUGUCACUGCCAAGAAACCCUCCAUCAGCAUCACCACAGACUCUCUGAAAUCAUUGAUUCCAGAUAUCAGAUCGGGUCUGGGCCAAGAAGCUGUGCUGGAUCUGCACCCAGAGGAGAUGCAUCUUUCUGGGGAAGAGGACAGAGGCGAAAGGGGAGACCAGGACCUCAAGAUCAGGCGAACUGUUACGCAGGUUGUACCUUCUGAGAAUCAAGAGAAUGGACAGAAGGAAUCCAAACAGACUGAGCAUGAGGAGGAGGAUGGAGAAGGAAAAGAUGGCCUCUCCCAGGAAAAUAAAUUGGAGGCUUCCAUGGAGACAGAGGCAUCAUUACCUCUGCAACAUGUCGAUAUGAAGACUGUAACUACCAACGAGACCCUGUUUCGUCGCUCUAUUAGCCAGCAAAAAUCAGGUGUGAGCAUCACCAUUGAUGACCCAGUCCGUACUACUAAGCAGCCUUCGCCUCCCCGUGGCAAAGUCUCCAACAUCGUUCACGUCUGCAACCUGGUGAGACCAUUCACCCUGGGGCAGCUGAAGGAGCUGCUGAACCGUACAGGUACCAUAGUAGAAGAAGGCUUCUGGAUCGACAAAAUAAAAUCUCACUGCUAUGUCACAUACUCCAGUGCAGAAGAGGCACAGGCCACUCGUGCAGCCCUGCAUGGGGUGAAAUGGCCCCAGAGCAAUCCAAAGUUCCUGAAUGUAGACUUCUGCCAACAGGAUGAGUUGGACUUUCACAGAGGUCUGCAAACAGGAGAGCGCCCUGGAGAGGAGGAGAGAGGAGCCAUAGCUGGUCAUGGUCUCCGUCCUGCUGGCCCACUCCCUCUUCUCCACCAAGAGCGAGAACUGUGGGCUGAGCGUGAGCGUGAGAUGGAGAGGAGGGAGAGGGCUGGCGCCGAGCGGGAAUGGGAUCGAGAUAAGGUCAGAGAUUUCGGAAAACCUGGAGAUGAAGGGGGCGCCCGACGAUCUCGGUCCAGGGACAGAGAGAGGAGGCGCAAGGAGAGAGGGAAGAGUAAAGAAAAGAAGGCUGACAAGAAGGAGAAAGCACCAGAAGAGCCACCUGCAAAAUUGCUAGAUGACCUGUUUUGCAAAACCAAAACAACACCUUGUAUUUACUGGCUCCCGCUCACGGAAGAACAGGCAGCACAAAGGGAAGCGGCCCGAGCCGAGAGGAUGAGGGAGCGAGAGAAGAGGAGGAAGGAGCUCCAGCAGGAAGAGGAUAAGAAACGAGAGGAGGAGCGUAGGGACAGGUUAAAGAGCGGCAGUGGAGGAGGGGAGGGCGAGAGAGAGCGGGACAGGGAUAGAGAGCGAGAAAGAGGCAGGGAUCGAGAGGGAAACAAACGGAGAGAUGCGUAUCGCAGGCCUGGGGCAGGCAACGCCGGCGGGAGCAGGCGGUCUCGCAGCCGUAGUGACCCCCCACCCAGAGACAAACGGCGCUGAAGUCCACACGGGGCAUUCUGGAACUGACUGACCCGUACGCACUCUUGCUGUGUGUACUGUAAAAGCCUGUGGACAUCACUUUCUGUCUGUCUCCCACAAAACACGUCAGGACUUUGUGUCUCCAUAUAGACAGCUGUCUUGGUGUCUUCUACCUGGGAACUGAGCUGACUCCAGUAUUUCCCUUUCAGUAUUAUGAGACUAUUGAUGUAAGUGGGGUUGCCAUGAAUUUCCUUCUUGUUUACUUCCCCAAACAUGUAGGGAACAGGGCUUUUAAACUACACAACGUCACUGCUGGUGCUUUGACCGCAGUCGAAGGGCUCUCUGCCCAUAUGUGUCAGACCUUUUAGGUUCCUAGCGCUUAUCUAGGGUUAAACUGCCGUUCAUACCUUCAAAUUACACUCAUGGACCGGAGGGAGGUGAUCCUGGAUUGCUCUUGGUUUUUAAAGUUUGAUGCAUAAAAACACUACGCUUCAGUCUCUUUGUCAUUUCCAUUUGUUGAAACAUUCUCCAUUCCCUCCUUCAGAGUAGACUAAAGAAUGAAUAUGCGUUGAGGAGAAGAGCUUCAUCCAGAUCUGCUUCAUCUUCUGGAACAUUCCUGUCCUCUUGGUCUCUGUAUUGUCUACUGCCCCUUUGGCUAUCCUUUCACCAUUGUCCCAGCAUGGAGAAAGGGAUGGAUAUUUAGCCUCCUCACAUUUGAUUUAAUUUUUUUUUUUUUUUUUUUUUUUACACAUUUGAUCAUUUUUAGAAUAAAAGCCAUUUUUAUUUUUUUGUCUACUUCUGUAAGUGCUGAAUGUACAAAUAAAACGUUUAAGA